CGCUCAAUACAAUACAGUUACUUGCUUCGUUAUCGUGUUCUCAAACUCUUUUUUAUAUUAUUGAUAGAAAUAAAUUCCACCGAAGAAUCUGACCUGAAAACUGGAUUGAUUUUUGAACUAGACAAAGAACAGAGCUUGAGAGAGCAACAUUAGAUCACGAGUGUAUUAGCUAUGUUGAAUGUGAGUUAUAGAAUGGUUUUCGCCCCAAUUUGUAGAUGUACAUUUAGGAGUUUACAAGGGAAGUGAUAAUGGCAGGUUAAUCAUCUCCUGGUCUUCCUAUGCCAUUGAUGCCCGGCCGCGCACUCUUAUUCAAUCAGCGAUCUGACGCAGUCAAUCUCAGGACAUGUGGAGGACUCUUUCGUUAUGCACAGGUUUAUAAUCACUCCCUGAAUCGCAAAAGAGAUCAGCAGAAGAAAUUUCAGGAGAUUGAGAUGAAGCUGGACGAGGAAUUUGGGGCGGACAGGGUGAUCCAUAUAGAAACAGACGACGAAGAUAAUGAGGCCGAAACUGCCGACGACGAUACCGACGAUACAGACUCCGAACAUUAUCCAGCCGCCGUCCCUUCCAGAAAUCCAUCUGAUAAUGUCGCCGGCUCGCUUAUUUCUCAUUGGCCUCAAAGUUACAGGCAGUCCAUGGACAUGUACACAAGUGUAGUUUCUCCAUCAGUAAGCUUCUUAAGGGGAAGUUCACCUUCCACUUCAGCAUACAGCAGGAGGCCUCAAUCCAUUGUGGUUGUUCAAUCUUCUCUGAGUAAACCUCUCAUAUCCGAAACUGUUUGUUUGAAUGAUGAUGAAGUUCCCACUUCAACCCUUCCUACAAAGAUUUCAACUGCCACUUCGAUAUCACGAUUCUCUCUCCCUGAAUUGCCACCACCACAAGAGUGUUCAUAUGCCCAAUCACUAGUUAAUUCUAUAAACGUGUUGUGUGGCAUAGGAAUUCUUGCCACUCCUUAUGCUGUUAAAGAAGGUGGGUGGCUGAGCCUAUUUCUGCUCCUUCUUUAUGGGAUCAUUACUUGUUACACUGGGAUUUUGUUAAAGAGAUGCUUAGAAAGCUCUCCUGGACUUGAGACUUACCCAGAUAUCGGGCAGGCUGCAUUUGGCACAAGCGGUCGUGUAUUUGUAGCUACAAUCUUGUAUCUUGAAUUAUAUUGUUCUUGCAUUGAAUUCUUGAUCAUGAUGGGUGAUAACUUAUCAGCUCUCUUCCCUACUACUCAAAUGGCAUUCGGUGGCGUUCGUCUUGGCUCUUACCAAACAUGUGUUAUUAUCUCCACCCUUUUCAUACUUCCAACAGUUAUGCUGAGAAACCUUAGUUUGCUGUCAUACAUCUCAGCCGGAGGGGUGGUUGCAUUUGUCAUGAUCAUCUUCUGCUUGUUAUGGGUUGGGUUACUAAAUGACUUUGAAUUCCAUCCGAGCGGUAGUGUUUUGAACUUCUCAAAGUUGCCCGUUACGGUUGGCAUAUACAGUUUCUGCUUCGGAGGCCAUUCAGUUUUCCCAAGCAUCUAUUCCUCCAUGAGAGAACCUUCAAGGUUUCCUUCUCUAAUCUUGUUAAGCUUUUUAGUUGCCUUUGUUUCAUUUGCUGGAGUUGCAAUUCUUGGGUUCCUAAUGUUCGGCGAAGCCACGAAAUCGCAGUUCACUUUGAACUUGCCAGAGAGACACUUAGCUUCCAAACUUGCAAAAUGGAUUGUGUUCAUAACUCCCCUCACAAAAUAUGCAUUGACGAUAACUCCCGUCGCAUUUAGCAUAGAAGAACUCUUGCCUUCCAACCACCUAAGAUCAUCACACAGCAUUUCUAUACUCAUCAGAACAGUUUUAGUCGCGUCUACCCUCAUUGUCUCCCUCCUGAUUCCAUACUUCGGUUCUGUAACUGCCUUGAUUGGAUCUGCAUUAGUAAUGCUUGUGUCACUUAUCCUUCCAUGUGCAUGCUACAUCAAAAUCAACAGAGACAAGAUGAAAAAGAUUGAGAUUGCAGCAUGUACUUUCAUUAUACUACUGGGACUGAUAUCAUCCAUUGUCGGCACAUAUUCAGCACUUCAUAGUAUGUCCGGUUAGUUAGUUUUACCUGAGCAUCAGACUGUGUGUAUCACUGAAAGUCAACUGGAAAAAGGAACAUACAAAUAUUUUGUCUCAUUCAUGAACAUGCAAAUAUGGCCAUCACUCCACAAUUGACAAAGGCAGUGAGUGCUUGCUUUUGGGGUCGGGGUAGACCAGAGUUCGAUUCCUGUCAGCUAGGCUAGACU